AUGGCCUGUGCUUGUGUACAUGAGUGGGGGUUUAGACCCGUCAAGUGUUUUGACAUGUUCCGUAUAGACCUCACGCUGGCGCUGGCACAAGAAAUCACCGAGAAGCAGGAACUGGGGAGAGCUGUCCAGCCUGGUUUCAUGUUCCAGCGGAGGUUCAGACCAUCCCCAGCAAAGGUCUCCAUCCGCCUCCGCCUCCGAAAGAAGGCCUGGUUUCAAAGUUCGCCUGGGAUAACGCUUUGUGCCUCUCUUCUUGCAGGGGGUUAUGAGCGCUUCUCCUCAGAGUACCCCGAAUUCUGUGCAAAAACGAAGUCCCUGAGCAAUGUGUCACCCCCCACCAGCGCCGAGCCCCUGGAUUUGGGCUGCAGCUCCUGUGGGACUCCCUUUCAUGACCAGGGCGGGCCGGUGGAGAUCCUGCCGUUCCUCUACCUGGGCAGCGCCUACCACGCCUCCCGCAAGGACAUGCUGGACGCGCUGGGCAUCACGGCGCUGAUCAACGUCUCGGCGAACUGCCCCAACCACUUCGAGGGGCACUACCAGUACAAGUGCAUCCCCGUAGAGGAUAACCACAAAGCGGACAUCAGCUCCUGGUUCAUGGAGGCAAUCGAGUACAUUGACUCGGUGAAGGAGUGUUGUGGCCGGGUCCUAGUCCACUGCCAGGCUGGUAUCUCCCGCUCUGCCACCAUCUGCUUGGCUUACCUGAUGAUGAAGAAGCGUGUCAAGCUGGAGGAGGCCUUUGAGUUCGUCAAGCAGCGCCGGAGCAUCAUCUCCCCUAACUUCAGCUUCAUGGGGCAGCUCCUGCAGUUUGAGUCGCAGGUGUUGGCCACCUCAUGCGCGGUGGAAGCCGUCAGCCCCUCGGGGACACUGCGGGAGCGGGGCAAGGCCACCUCCACCCCCACCUCCCAGUUUGUCUUCAGCUUCCCAGUCUCUGUCGGUGUCCAUGCCACCCCCAGCAGCCUCCCGUACCUGCACAGCCCCAUCACCACGUCACCCAGCUGUUAG